AUGAGGCUCUACGUCGCCCUCAUCGCCCUCCUCAGGGCCGCUCAGACCGCAGCGCAGGCAUCGCCGGGCCUGCCAAUGGUCAUCAACACCUGGGGCGGUCCCUUCACCGCGGCCACUGAUACCGCCUACCUGUCCCUGGUCGCCACCUCCGCAUCCGCCCUAGACGCUGUGCAGAUCGGCUGCGCGACUUGUGAGCGCAACCAGUGCGACGGCAGUGUGGGCUUCGGGGGCUCGCCCGACGAGAAUUGCGAGACGACCCUGGACGCGAUGAUUCAGGACGGCACGACCAUGAAAUCCGGCGCGGUCGCUGGGCUCAGGCGCGUCAAGGACGCGAUCGCCGUGGCUCGGCUCGUGCUGGACUACACCGAGCAUACUCUGCUCGCCGGUGACCUGGCGACCGAGUUUGCGGUUGGGUUCGGCGGUUUCACUGAGGAGAACUUGACCACUGCAGAUAGCGCGGCAAAAUGCAAUGAGUGGAGGGCAGCUGGGUGCCAGCCCAACUAUCGUGCUGGGCUGCUGGUGCCGGACGCGAGCGCGUCGUGUGGACCGUACGCACCUGCUACACCUAGCAGCGCCGCGAAGCCGAAGGUCGCAACCAGGGAGGUGGAGCUCAAGACGAGGAGGUCUAUCGCGUACGAGACAUCGGCGGGGAGGUCGCACGACACCAUCUCCAUGAUUGCGAUCCACGUCGACGGGACGAUGGCAGCUGGGACUUCAACCAACGGUGCGUCGCAUAAAGUACCUGGACGAGUUGGUGACGGGCCCAUCACAGGGAGCGGAUCAUACGUCGACGGAGAGGUGGGCGGGUGCGGCGCGACGGGCGAUGGCGAUAUUAUGAUGCGCUUUUUGCCCUGCUAUCAGGCUGUUGAGAGCAUGCGGCGGGGCAUGACGCCUCAGGAGGCUGCUGAAGAUGCUGUUCUGCGGAUGAUCAAGAAGUAUCCGACAGCAUCAACAGGUAUUGUGGUUGUCAAUAACCGGGGAGAGCAUGGUGGUGCGGCAUCCGGAUGGACUUUCACGUAUGCGUACAGAGGCGGCACAAUGAAUGGGACCGAGGUUGUGACUGUGCCUCCGUUGUCAGCAUAG